CCCAAAUCUCCAAAACUUUUUUUCAAAGCUGCUUAUUUUUUAAGUUAAGCAACCCCAAACUAAGCCUUGCAUUUGGCUACUCGCGAAUUUUCUCCCCCAGGGUGCAAUCCCAGUCUUGUCAACUUGUUCUGCCUUCAUCUGCAACAAAUUAUUCAAUCAUUUCAGGUUUUCAAUCUUGGGGGGAAAAAAGGAAAACGAAAAACACUUUCUGUUUUCAGUGCUCAUGGAGAGAAGUCGUUUCCUCUUGUCAAUAACUUUGUUGCUGCUGCAGUACAGUUCCAUAGGUACAGGUGCAGCAAAAACCAACAUCACCACCGACCAGUCUGCUCUUCUUGCUAUGAGAUCCCAUAUCACUAGUGACCCUCACAACAUCUUGGUCAACUGGUCAACCUCCACCUCCGUUUGCAACUGGGUUGGUGUUACUUGUGGUGCUCGUCACCUCAGAGUAGUAUCGUUGAAUCUCUCAUACAUGGCGUUUACUGGCACCAUUCCACCACACUUAGGCAAUCUCUCCUUCCUUGUUGCACUAAGCUUCAACAAUAAUAGCUUUUACGGUACUUUGCCCCAUGAAUUGUCUUAUUUACGUCGCCUGAAGUUUAUUAGCUUAGGAUUCAAUAAUUUUAUGGGAUCCAUUCCAUCGUGGUUUGGGUCCUUCCCCAAACUUCAAAGAUUGGAUUUGUGUGGCAAUCAGUUUUCAAGUUCCAUACCCACGACUAUUUUCAACUUAUCUACAUUGCAAGUACUUGAUCUAAGGGCUAACAAACUAUCAGGCCCUAUUCCUGCGGUUGUUUUCAACAUGUCUUCUUUGACUAUGUUGGGUUUUUAUGGAAACAACUUGAGUGGUGGUCUUCCAGACAAUAUAUGCCAACAUCUUCCUAGUCUUCAAAUCUUGAAUUUGGGUCGCAACCAGUUUGAUGGUCCACUUCCAUCCAAAUUAUGGCAAUGCAGAGAGCUUCUUAUACUUAAUUUGGAGGAAAACCAUUUCAGUGGAAGCAUACCAAAAAAUAUUGGGAACUUAACAAUGAUGAAAGGCAUAUCCCUUUACAACAACAAUUUGACGGGUACGAUACCAAGGGAAAUAGGGAACUUAACAAUGCUGAAGGGGAUAUACUUUGGCUCCAACAAUUUCAACGGCACUAUACCAGACGAGAUUGGCGAUCUUCCAUAUUUAGAGUUAUUGUUAUUUCAGAAUAACAAUCUCAAUGGCCUCAUCCCAUCCUCAAUCUUCAAUAUCUCCACAAUGAGAGCACUGUCACUUACUUUGAAUCGGCUAUCGGGUAGCCUCCCAGCAAACCUAGGCCUUGGGCUUCCAAACCUACAACAACUUUAUAUAGCAGGAAAUGACAUCAGCGGAGUAAUCCCCAACCUCUCCAAUGCUUCUGCGCUUAUCAAGAUAGAUUUGAGCUACAACUCAUUUACAGGGUUGAUUCCGAGGACGCUCUGUACCUUAACAAAUCUUCAGUGGCUUAACUUAGGAAGUAAUAAUUUGACGAUUGAUACUUCCACUCCAGAAGCAAACAUUCUCUCUUGUUUGUCUAAUCUUAGAAGUUUGACAACACUAGCCUUGGACGCUAAUCCGUUAAAUGCCACACUUGAUGAUUCCUUUUCAAAUUUCUCUACAUCGACGCUUCAACAUAUUGGUUUAAGAAACUGCAGCAUGAGGGGUAACAUUCCCAUUGGUAUUGGCAACAUAAGCAGCUUGAUAGCCUUAGACCUUGGAAACAAUCAAUUGAGUGGAUCAAUUCCAACUUCAUUAGGAAGACUCGGAAAUCUCCAAGGUAUGAACUUGAAUUACAACAUAUUGCAAGGUUACAUCCCAUAUCAACUUUGUCAACUAUAUAAACUAGUUUACUUACAGUUGGCUAGUAAUCAGCUCUCUGGUUCUAUACCUUCCUGCUUGGGUAAUCUAGCAGCAUCUCUAAGGUAUAUAUCACUAGAGUCCAAUUUGUUGAGUUCCACAAUACCAUCUACUUUUUGGAGACUUGCCUAUAUCGUGAAUGUAAACUUAUCAUCCAAUUCUCUAAUUGGACCUCUCUCACAAGAUAUUGCAGAGUUGAAAGUUGUGGAAGUCGUAGAUUUAUCAAAUAACCAUUUAUCUGGGGUUAUACCAAGCACCAUUGGGGGUCUUUGGGAUUUGGUUAUUCUAUCCUUGGCAAAUAAUAAUUUGGAAGGCCCUAUUCCAAGUUUUUUUCACCACUUGCUAAGCCUGCAACUCUUGAAUUUAUCCAGAAACAAUCUAUCUGGAGUGAUUCCCAAGUCUUUAGAAGCUCUGUCACUUCUCAGGUAUCUGGAUUUGUCUUUCAACAGGCUCCAAGGAGAAAUUCCAACAGGUGGACCAUUCCAAAACUUCUCUGCUCAAUCAUUUGUCUCAAACAGCGCACUCUGUGGUGCACCCCGACUUCAUGUUCCACCAUGCAGAAAUACUACACUUGAACCAAAUUGGAAGAAAGCUAAAUAUAUCAUCCUAGGGAUCAUAUCAGUAAUCAUCCUAGUGGCCUCCAUAUCUAUAUUUGUACUACGUAGGAAAAGAAAUGUGGAAGUUGCAAGAGAGGCUACCUCGUUGCCUCAGCUUCUUUGGAGAAGAAUUUCACACCUAGAACUUCUAAGGGCCACGAAUGGAUUUAAUGAAAACAACUUACUCGGAAGUGGGGGUUUUGGCUCAGUAUAUAAAGGGACGCUUUCAGAUGGAAUAGAUGUUGCAGUAAAGGUUUUCAGUUUACAACUAGAAGGGGCUUUCAAGAGUUUUGAUAGGGAAUGUGAAAUGCUAAGCAAUAUUCGUCAUAGAAACCUUAUCAAUAUCAUCAGCUGUUGCAGUGAACUUGAUUUCAAAGCCUUGGUAUUGAAUUACAUGCCAAAUGGGAGCCUCGAGAAGUGGUUGUACUCUCAAGACUAUUCUUUGAAUAUCUUACAGAGGAUGAACAUAAUGAUAGACGUUGCGGCGGCAGUGGAAUACCUACACCAUGGUUAUUCAAUACCUAUUGUGCAUUGUGAUAUGAAGCCCAGCAAUAUACUACUAGAUGAUGAUAUGGCUGCACAUGUUGCUGAUUUUGGAAUUGCAAAACUCUUGGGUGGAGGAGAUUCUAUUACCCAAACCAUGACCCUAGCCACAGUUGGGUAUAUGGCUCCAGAGUAUGGAAUGGAAGGAAUAGUUUCAACAAGAGGGGAUGUGUAUAGUUUUGGUAUUGUGCUCAUGGAAACAUUCACAAAAAGGAAGCCAACAGAUGAGAUGUUUGUUGGGGAAAUGAAUUUAAAGCAAUGGAUUGCAGACUCACUAGUAUUUCCACGUGGAAUCAUAGAUGAAGUUGUGGAUGCCAAUUUUCUUGGGAUUGGGACAGAGCAGGAAGAUGAUGAUCAUGUGAGGAAGAGGGAUUGCAUAUCAGCCAUUAUGAGAUUAGCUCUUACUUGCUGUGCAGAAUCACCAAAAGAGAGGAUAAGUAUGAAAGAAGCUGUAGCCACACUCAACAAAAUCAAGACAAACUUUUUGAAGGACGGUACAGCAGGAAGAGGUGUGCUGUUAAAUCGUCCUCUUGUUCAGCAGCACUUCAAUUAAUGGGUCAUAUCCUAUGACAUGUAUUUCAUGCACUUUGAUUUGAUUCAAUUUCAGUCUUUAAUUUAGACAAUGUAGAGGAAGGCAUGCCGUUUUAUUUCGGACUAAUUUUAUGGAGUGUGUAGACUUAUUAUAUAAUAUACUAGUCUUGGUUGUUGUUAUGGUAUCAGUAUGAUAGGAGGGUUUGUUCUGUUG